CUCAGUACAGUGAUUGGUCGGUGGGCGGUCUGUGCAGUCUGACAGUCUGCAGCGUUCCGGGUUAUUGUCAGUCUCGGCAGCUCGGCACAAGGGCAGGACCGCAUCCCGGAGCUGCCUGAAGCAGCUAGCUCUUUAUUCAGACGUAACCGUUUCUUAUUUGGUUAAUACACCAAAGAGAGCGUCUCGGAGCAUCGCUAUCGAGGUUACUCCACAGCCUCAGCUGGAAAUCUGAGUCUGAAUCGGGAGGCAAGACAUCUCAGAGAGGCUGCCGACACCACGGAGAAAGUGACGGACGGAGCAGAGCCUGAUCACCGGGAUUUUACAUCGUAUCAGUUUAGGAUAUUUCAGGCAGCUGCUUUGGCCCAGCCUUGAUCUCUUUCAGGGUACCUUCACACUAUAUUGCCUAGAUAAUAUUACUAACAUUUGCAUGAUUCACUUCACCCGAGGUCGUCUAUAAGUGAGCAGGCGGACCACUUUAAACCCAUGCGUAACAGCGGUGGAUUUUGGAAUACUGCGUAGCAGUUCAAGCAUCCAGUCUCUUUUUCCGAUUGACAGUUUGUGUUAUUUGGAGAUAUCUACAAGCGAAGAGAAGAGAGAGAGCAACCAGGACCUUUUUAUACUGUGUUCCGGAGGCUAAACGUUCAAAAAAACCCGAAGCGCACUUGGUGCGCAAUCCUACCGAGGACGCUCCUGAAAUUGCCGACCUGCGCUUUUGCCCUCGAAAAAAAAAAAAAAAAAAAAAAAAUUUGGCAGCCGAGUCGAGAAAAAAGGCAAAGCUUAUUAACUUUGCAUGCUAGGGGCUGUAGUGUGGAAUCUAAUUCGCAGGGUUACCGGUGUAUUUGCAUACCAUCGGAAGAGGAGGAUAAACUUAAUCAACAUUUGACAUCGACAAAGCGGCUGCUGGAUUUUGAAGAACAGAAUGAAUUCUGUUUAAUUUUGGACCACAGAAGUGUGAGGCAGAUUGCUCAGUGAAUGCUACAAUCUGCAUGGAGUUCUAGUCUGCACUACGGAGCAAUUUAUGGUUGGCCGCAGAACUCCCCCGUCUGUAGUACUGUGCCCACCUCGCCAUGCUGGCCUGUCUGCAGAGGAGGCAAAACCCUCCACCCCAGCACCCGGUGUGUGCCAGCAAGACCCUGGAGCCACCGCAAGCCCUUGGACGGAAAUGUGAGCUGGUGGUGCCCACACAUUCCCCACGCUACCCCACUGCGGCAGAACUUGAUGCCUACGCUCAGAAGACAGCCAACAGCCCUCUGUCCAUCAAGAUCUUCCCCACCAACAUCAGGGUUCCCCAGCACAAGCACCUUAACCGGACUGUGAAUGGAUAUGACACCACAGGGCAACGCUAUAGUCCCUACCCACAUCUCCACACAGGGGGCUACCAUGGCCUGCUUGCCAUCGUCAAGGCCUCGUCCUCAUCAUCAUCAUCUACAUCCACCUUUGUCCCUUCAAAAGGUGUUCUCAAGAACUCAGAAGGCAGACGGACUAAGCUCUCUCCAGCACACAUAGCUGUUGCCCCAUACCCACCUCCCAGUAGUAGCACUUUAGCCAGUGGCCAUGGCCAAAUGGUAUACCACACUGGGCCCUCAAAGCCUCCAGAAGGCUCUGGACUGUCAGUUCCUCCGAAUGUCACUGUAGCUGGCUCAGUGAUUCCUGUAACCGGGGGACGAGGCCUGGCCCUGCCCGCACAGUCCAACCUCCCCUCCAUCCAGAGCAUCAUCUACCAGAUUAACCAGCAUUGCCAGGCCCAGGCUCUGCAGCAGGUGUGUCAAGGGGCUGCCACUGCACCAUCAAAUUCCAGCCCGUCGAAGCAGGGCACCGCUGUCAUCGGGCUCUCUUCUAGCUCUUCAGGUGGAGGCUAUGUGGUAGGAAUGGGUCCCCAGGCUAAUAUGGUGUACACAGGCCCCAGGCUGCCAGCUCAAAAUGCAGAGGCGAUGAAGACCGGCGUGUACGCAGAUGGUAUGGACUAUAUCCUUUGGCAGAAGCAGCAACAACAACAACAUCAUCAACAACAACAACAACAACAGCAACAGCAGCAACAGGCUGUGCUACGCAUGUACAGUGGAGGUAGUGGAGGAGGUGGUGCUGUUAGCAAGUCCCCCGAAACUUGUGUUCCAGGGGGUGGGAUUAUGGCAACCCAAGUGUCCUCCUCUUCCUCAAGACCAUACCACCUGACAGCGAGUGGAGGAGGCGGGCUAGACAAAGUCAGCUCUUCCCCUUUGAACUGUGUGGGAAUGCAUGGAAACUUCUCAGUGGGUCAAUACUUUGCCCCGCCAUGGAACAGUGUGCUGGUGACACCUGAUAGUGACUGCUACAACCCCCAGGAGCUUAUGGGCACCUCCACAGGAGGGCCAGCCACAGGGCACAGAGAGAUGGCCUACCCCCAUCACCAUCACCUCUACCACCACCAUCAUCAUCAUCACCCUGCUAUAGACAGCGGGGGAGGUUUGUGCUGCAGCCUGCCCAGCAAGAGCAUGUGCAACACGUCGGUGCUGAGCAGCAGUUUGCAGUCUCUGGAGUACCUGAUCAACGACAUCCACCCACCCUGCAUCAAGGAGCAGAUGCUUGGCAAAGGCUACGAGACUGUGUCUGUGCCACGUCUGUUAGACCACCAGCAUGCACACAUCCGCCUCCCUGUUUACAGAUAGAGGGGGAAGAAGAGGAGGAAGAGAAUCAAGAGUUGUGAAUUUGUGAAGAAAAUCAAAGUUAAAGAACAGAGAUGUUUUUUUUCUGGGUACAGAUUGUUGAGUGGCACCGCUUUAACUAGUGUGGGAGCUUAGAGAAGAGCAGUUGUUGUGCUGUGUGACCCUAGAUUUGGUGGUUUCAAGGCAGGCUGUGGGAAUCCCAAAUAUGAAAGGUGGUAGCGAUUGCCAGUGGGAGAGAAAAGGGAUUUCAAGAUUCUCCAGAUGUUCCAUUGUGUGGUUUGCCAAUAGGAAUUUUGGAUUGAUUUAUUUUGUCUUCUGUUUUUUGUUUUUUUGUUUUUUUUUGUUUUUUGGUUGUUUUACUUGCCUGAACAUUUUUGAUGAGAAUCAUAGGUUGACAUGAAGUGCAUACGCCACUCGUAUCCCCCUUCCAAAUACUAAGUAAGGAUGAAGCUACUGUGUAGGUUGUCACUGAAAUGGUCUUAAAAGGGCCAAAGUUUAGGGCUGCUGUCAAAAUCCAAAACUCUGUAACAGUACACACAUAGACAAACACAUACAGACACACACAAAAGUACUGAUACACGAGGAGACUAAAAUUAUAGGCAGUACUUGGGUGGGUAUGUACAAGGAUCAUAAGGUUGAAUUAAAAGGAUAGUACAAUAUUAGUUAUUAUUGCUGUUAUAAUUGAUACAUAAAUUGCACUGCUUGAAUCUUGUUAACUUUGAAGUUUGGAAUUGGGUAGUUUGGAUAUGAUAUAUUUAAGAAACUUGAAAAACUUGAACCUAUUUUUUGUUGUUUUAUAUAUUUGUAGGUAUAUUAUAUGCAUCGGCUGCUAUGGGGAAAAGUGUCUCAAAUGCUUUUUUUUUUUAAUUUUAUUUUUUAUUUCCACCGUUUUGUUUUUAUCAUUUAAUAAUUCCUCCUCAAGCUGAUGUGCAGUUUCUUAUGUCCUGGUUGUGAGGCAUAGUCGCUGCUUUGGUUCUGUAAGAACCCGGUCGGAGAGCUCUUUUUCCUAACCAACACUGGAAUCUACAAUAAAUCUUGAAAUACUUAUUUAAAAAAGAAAAUGUCGCAAAAAAAUACAAGAAAAAGAAAUGUUACAAUGAAGAAUGUGAUUGGGAGGUUAUCUACAUAACCUUACGUGUAUGUUUAUGCGUGUAUGUGGCUGAGUGCAUGCGCGUGUGUGCAUUUUAGUUUGUGUUAUUCAAAAUCCUCAGACUUUUUUUUUUUCUUCAUUGUGUCAUUAGAAAGAUUUCUACCACCAAGACUAAAAACAACUGAUUCACCGGUCCCAUAAACAUCAUAUCCGAGUCAUGUACAGGAGAUAUUUUGCAAGUCUUGCUCCCUGUUAUUGGAGGCGUUUAUAUUCACUGGGGCCAGAGUAGAGAUCACAUUCUCACAUGACUCCUGUAGUUACAGUGCUACAUCCCCUAUUUCUGUCAAAUGUUAUCACAAGGACAGAAAGAGAUGGGAACAAAUGGAAAUCCUUUUUUAGGGGGUACUAUUCAACUCUAAUCCUGCAAAGAAAAACAAAAUGAAAACAAUCAUACCCUGUCCUCUGGCAUCAGAUGAAAUGUGAUGAGGCUCACUGCUUUUCCUUGUCCAUUUCAGCCCCUGGUUGGGACACAUUUAGCCCGGGCCAGUCUUAACUUGAUGAUUCAGAGCAGUGAAAUAUUUAUUAUGACUGUGAGAUUCCCUUGAAUGUACUGCACUUAAAUUACUGCAAUGUUUUAUUGCCUUGUGGGACUCAAGUGAAAGAGAAAAAUUGGAUCAGUGCAGCAGUCCUCUGGUCUUAAAUUAGCAUUUCUUUUGUCCGUCAAAUUUCAAUGGUAAAUUGAAUUUAGUAACUGGGGAAAUAGAGAGAGAGACAGAGCUUUGUUGUGGGGAAAUACUGGCAUCAGUCUAGAUUUAUGAAGUGCAAUUAUUAUGACUGUAUUAACAUUUUUCUCUGAGCUUACACCAAAAAAUGUAAACUACAGUUGUCAAUACAUUCCCAAUGUACCACAUCCCUAAUCCCUAUCCUUUUUUGUUUUUGAGGUGUAAAAUAAAUUUCUUUAAGAAUAUAUUCAGAAGCCACAUCUCGGCUUUGAAGUCUGUCAUUAUUUUUUAACGUAUGUCCUCUAGAAGUCAGUGGGAAAUUGGGCCCUUGUUUCUGCAGCUCUGUGAGAUCCAGAGUGGAGCGUGAUGUCUGAUGUAGAUCCUUUACUGUACUGUCACGAUGUAACCUCUGCCAUUGAGAAAACCUACUUUAUUUAAUUGAUCAUCAUUUAAAUGUUUACACUUUGGCCAUCCAAAGAUAAAGGACCGACAGCAUUGUUGGGGAAAAAAAGAAAAUAUUUACUCAAGCAUAUUGAGGAUGAGGAAGCGAGGAGCAGAAAAUAACGUUUCUUUGAUCAUUUGCACUCCAUAAAUAGACCUGUUUUUCCCUUAAGAUAACCCUUAAUCAUAACUAUGAGCCUUAAAUUUUGAGCUAAUGGCGUUUGUAGACUGCUACUGUGUUUGAAGGCUGACAAAGAUUUCAGUCGAAAGAAUACCAAGCCCCUUGGCUUAAAUUUGCACAGUAAGCCUCCUUAACAUUCCAGUGAAAAUUUCUCAUGUUGUUUCAACAGCUUAAUGCCCCAGCCACAGUGUGAUUCCAGCAUAUUUUCUGUCUUGUAGAAAUAUUUUGACAGAUUUACAGAUACAUCCCGUCCCUAAAUCCCCUCCGUUUGGCUUCUGCAUCCAAGCAUUAAACCCUGUCACAUGAUGUUGAAGUGAAGAGGAGACACUUGAGGCAGUGGAGUUUCUGGUGUCUGGCCUUUCCCACCAGUGGAGGUCUGAGGCACCAGGCCUCUCUGCUAAUGGGAAUAUUGGGUGACGCCUGGCUGCUGGACACUGCUAGUGGAGAGUAUUCAUUCAUUCAAAGGGUUGAAAUCAAACCCUUUUCAAAUAGCAAGGGAUUUCCUAUUAGGUAUUGAGUGGAAUCUGGCCAUUUUGAGCCAAGUUCUGAAUAAAACAGGGAUACGAUGACACAAAGUAGAGCAAUAUUCUAUUUUUUAGCAGAAAUGUCUAAGUCAGUUCCUUUUUAAUGUUUUAAAUAUAAGGUGGGAUUUAGCUACUUUUAUCCUCUUUGCUUUGUAGCUACAUUUUCUACUGUACAGGCUCCAAAUGGUCUGUCCCCAGGUCCUUUACACACAUUAAUGAGCUCCUAUUGAUGGGAUGCAUCUUAGCCCUGCGACUCUGGUCCAUUCCACAAUUCCCGAUUUGGACAAUGGACGCUUAGCCCAUAUUAGGAUAAUAGAAUUAAAUUUCAAAUAGAUUUGUGCCUGAGCUGAUCCAUGCAUGGCUCACUCAGCUGCAGAGGCAGAGUGGCAUAUGGCAUGUCAUUAUCUAAGCCCACCCUCCCCCUGUCCGGGGCCAACAGGGUUCAGCAGUGCUUAAACAAACUGAAGGUUAGGACUGGCUGGCUGGUGUUGAAGGGGAGGACAGCCGGGUUUGUGGGGGGGGGUUGCUAAAUCACAGCCUCCACAGCGUCUCAGAGGGCCUCAGCACCGCACCAUGGCGCCCAGGCUCAGAGGCCUGCUUUAAAAGCUGGGCUGUGUUUGAUCGAGGGGAUUUGUUUUCUGUUGGAUUAUACAUGGUUGCUCCCUGCCUGGCUGAGGGGGCCCUGUGCAAUGUGACAGAUCUCAG